AUGAGCACUCCGACUCAGUUGUAUUCACAACUUUUCAAUCCCAACACUGUAAGAAAUGUCGCAUUCUACAAGUCCCUUUUCACAGCACCAGUCCACGCCGAUUCGCUCCUGUCGGUGUUGGUAACCCAUUCUGAAGCGGUAUUCACGUCUGACACGCUGCUGAACACAGUUGUGGUGUUAAAGGAGCUUUUGGUUCAUGGAAUUGUUCUUUUGGCUGAUGCCAUACGCUACGACUAUGACUUAGAAAACCCAUACACAGCCUCCACCAUCCACAACGAUUUGGCCAAACUCGGCAUUCUGAGUCUGGCGCUGCUGCUCAAGCAAUCAGUGUCGCUACUGAAUGAUGAUGGAGGUGAUGAUAUCACCGAACUCAACGGCUUGACGCUGGAUAGCUCCUCGGCUCAAUUGCUCAAAGAGUUUGAUGACGGUGAUGAUAUCACCACGUUGAACGGAAAUGUCUCCAGCUCCAAUGCUAAUGGAGGAGUAAAUUCAAUUGUAAAUUUGCUCGCUCCAGACAGCGUUUUCGCCGAUAUUGAGGACGAGUUGCGUGCGGAGUUGAUCUCCAACAUCUUGAAGAUCCUUCAAAUCUGGUUCAAAAGCAUCCAUGAGACAAACGACAAGGUCAAGAAAACGGUCAACAGCUUGGGUAAGUCCAUCAGAGUAGAUAUGAUGACAAAAAUCUUCUAUUUGCCUGGCUCCAGAGACUCGCUUGACGAAUCAACGCUCCUGAAUGUGUUGUACAAGUUAAAAUUCUUUCUAGAUACGUCAAUAGAAGAGAUACAAGUCUCUGAAUCGGGUUUGUUCACAUACUUGCCAGCCAUCAAAGAGUCUGUGUACUUGCUUGGAGAUAUUGUGGAGACGCUAUUCUUGUCUAUUGUUCUUCACAAGGAAACAAGCAACGACUAUGUCGUCAUCAAGAGCCUUGUCUAUACUUUUUGCAAGGUAGACUUUUCUCUGACCUUCGAUACCCUUUUAAGCGUCACCAACCUUGAAAAUCAAGUAGACAAGUAUGAGCCUCCUAAGGUGCGUCUAUCAGCCGAGACAUUGUUGAAGAUCUAUACCAUAGUUGGAGUUCUCAGUAAUAUACCUGCGUCGCUUCUACCGCUGACAAAUGUCUCUUUGUCGUCUGACAUCACUAACUUGCUGCAUGAUACUCCUAAUCCGUACGAGCAUUUGAUCCAUACCCUUAAGGUAUUUGAUAGUCAAAAGUAUUCUGUAGAAUUUUGCCAGCGUUUGGUGCCGCUCCUUGCGAUGCAAUUCAACUACUGCUACAACUUCAGACCUGAUUUGCUUGAAGAAAAGGUCCAGAGCACUUCAUUAUUCGGCUGGUUUACCGGUAGUAACUCUAACGACUUGUAUUCGAGUUUUGAUACUAUUCAUAAUGUGACCAGUCUUCUCUCUAAUAGCAAACUAAGCUUGAUAGGAGAAGAGAAGGAUCCAUACUUAAUAGAUUUGCAAAACAUCUACGAGAAAAAAACAAAAGAAAACCAGAUCGCUGUCGACUUGGAUAUCCUCGAUAUACCCGAGUUCUUACCCAUUGCAUUGUUGAUAUACACCUACUCCACCAAUUCCAGCUUUUUGCUUUUUUUCUGCAAACAGAAUAACAGCAAUGUACACAAGAUAGAAGCUAUCAAUCCUCAGGAGGAUACAGAAGUAGAACUUUUCGAAAUUUGGCUCUGUUUGCUAUCUUAUGUCUUUCAGUACCAAUACAGGUCGGUAAACUUGCAAUAUGGUGUUCGUCUUUCAUUGCAAGUACUUCUCAAGCUUACAUCCAGAAAUGCUCUCAUUAAAACAGAAGACAGUGGCACUGUUUCUCUUCUUGAGAAUGUCAAACAGUACCAGAUCAACGAGUACAAAUGGAAGUUGUCGCACCAGAAGUUGCCAUUUAUUCCCAACAAUAACGGUAAGCUCGGUUUCAAAUCGAGUUUAUUCUACAUUCUAGAUGUAGCUCAGAACUUGAUCCGGUUCAACUUAAACAAGAAGUUGAAUGUGGUGAACUUCAAAAUGGCACUCAAUCUUAUUUACCAGGUACUUACUGAACUUCAUGCUGAUAUGGAUAUUGACAUAGGGAAGUAUCCAUGGUAUGAGUUUGACAGUACGAUUUUCAGUCUCUUGAAGUUCAUUAAAAAACAACAUCUCAUUUCGUCAAAGUACUAUCUUAGUUUAAAUCAGACCGAACUAGUGCUGUCAAUGGUGGAAGAGAUCUUGUUGAUUGUCAACUUCUUGCUAGAAAGACGAUUCAACGAAGUAAUCCAAGUUUCUGAUGAAUUGAACGGAGCCAGAACUGCUGGAGCCCAUGCAUUUAUGUCCAUCAGCUUCGAUUUAAUUUACAACAUCUUAUUGCAUUAUGAAAUAGUCAACGACCUCAUGGUGGAACACAAUUUCCGAAAGUCAAAGAACUUCCGCAACUUGGACAGAUGUCUCACAUUCUUUGAGAAUGAGUUCCACCUCACUGAAGAGUCCAAGGUGUCGGACCGGUACGCCAAGCUCGACUUAUUUGACCACGACUUUGACUCGCCUGUGCUUAUCGAGAAAAUCAAUUCGUAUACU